UGAGUGUGCGCGGAGAGCAGCCUCUGAGCUGGGACGGUGUUGAUGGAGGGAGCUGAGCUGAGCUGAGCCUGGAUGGGCUGCACUCUGAGCUUCUGCUGCUGCCAGGACAUGCCUCACCGCCAUCCAGGUGGGGAGAAGACCAGAGAGGAGACUCCCUUCCUCCCUCAGCCUGAAGACCAUGAGGCUUCAAACUGUCACACCUUCAAAGCAAAGAGUUUCAAAAAACUGAAGGCGUGUGCUGUCUGCAAACAGAUGAUCACCAAGGAUGGGACUGCCUGUCGUGUUUGCAAACUGACAUGUCACAAGAAAUGUGAACAGAAGGUCACUACAUUGUGUGUCCCCCCGGUGAACUAUGAGCUGCCAUCCAGCGCGAUUAUCCCAGUGAACCAUGUAGAGAGCACCGGCUCCAACAAAUCGACCAAGAGUCUCCCAUCGCGACACAGACCCUCCCGGAGCGUGAGCCUUUCACAAAACAUGGAGGAGAAUUCCGACCUUGACCUGACCUACAUCACGGAGCGAAUCAUUUCAGUCUCCUAUCCCACGGGGGCAGAGGAGCAGAGUUUCCACGCCAACCUGAGGGAGGUGGCACAGAUGCUGAUGUCCAAACAUGGCGAGAAUUAUCUCCUCUUUAACCUGUCCGAACAGCGCUACGACAUCAACAAACUCAACCCCAAGGUGGUGGAUUUUGGCUGGCCUGACCUCCAUGCUCCUCCUCUGGACAAAAUCUGCAGCAUUUGCAAAGCCAUGGACACCUGGUUAAAUUCAGAUCCUCAGCAUGUGGUCGUCAUUCACAAUAAGGGAAACCGUGGUCGGACUGGAGUGGUCAUUGCUGCCUACAUGCAUUACAGCAACAUCUCAGCCAGUGCUGACCAAGCCUUGGACCGAUUCGCCAUGAAGAAAUUCUACGAGGACAAGAUCGUGCCGGUGGGGCAGCCCUCCCAGCGCAGGUAUGUGCAUUAUUUCAGUGGGCUGCUCUCUGGAACCAUCAAGAUGAACAAUAAGCCUUUGUUCUUACAUCAUGUCAUCAUGCACGGAAUUCCUGAUUUCGACGUUAAAGGUGGUUGUCGGUCAUUCCUGAAGAUCUACCAAUCAAUGCAGCCGGUGUACACCUCAGGAAUCUACAACAUUCCAGGAGAUGGUCAGACCAGUAUUUGUAUCACCAUCGAACCAGGCCUCAUGCUAAAAGGAGAUAUCCUGCUGAAAUGUUACCAUAAAAACUCCGGGGGCCCGAGCCGAGAGAUUGUGUUUCGUGUCCAAUUCCAUACAUGUGCAAUCCAUGACCUUGGCAUCGUCUUUGGUAAAGAAGACCUCGAUGAUGCUUUUAAAGAUGACAGAUUCCCAGAAUAUUCCAAGGUGGAAUUCAUCUUCUCCUUUGGCCCUGAGAAAAUACAAGGGAUGGAGCACCUGGAGAAUGGCCCUAGCGUCUCUGUCGAUUAUAACACUGCUGACCCUUUGAUUCGCUGGGAUUCCUACGAGAACUUCAACGCUCAGCGAGAAGACCAGCCGGAGGAUGUGGUGCACACCCAGGGCCCUUUGGAUGGGAGUCUGUACGCCAAAGUAAAGAAGAAGGAUUUGACCGAUGGGACGACCAAUCCGGUCACUGCCAACGGUAUUCCCUUACCCGGAGUGCCCAAUCACAUCGAGCACACCCUCUCGGUGAGCAGUGACUCGGGCAAUUCCACCGCCUCCACCAAAACCGACAAGACUGACGAGCCACCGCCUGCCAGUACCCAGGGCAUCACGCCUGAGGAGAGGAGGGAACUUGACCGUUUACUCAGCGGGUUCGGCCUGGACAGUGAGGCGCCCAUGCACACCCGGGCGGCUGGACUCACCAUCUCGGCCGGAGCGCACCACGUGCUGGUACCUGCCCAGGUCCACGUCAACGGAGACCUGCCAUUGGCCAACGCUGAGCGGGAGACUGACAUUCUAGAUGACGACUUGCCCAACCAUGACCUGAACAGCGUUGACAGCGUGGGGACCCUCUCGUCCUUUGAGGGUGCCUACCCCUCAGCAGCAGGAGAAGCGAGCUACCGCGAGUCUCCCCCCAUGGACCAAACUGGGCUCGUGCCCAAUGGGCCGCCAUUGGGCUACACCAACAAACCCCAGCGAGGGGGCUACAGUGACCCAGAGUCGGCAGAACCUGGUUACACCAAAAACAUCCCGAGGAGCAACAGCCUGACGCAGACUGGACAAGCCCCAGCUCCGCGGGCUCACUUGGUCCCUGUCAUCUCCAGCCCCCAGCCAGUCACGUACACCAUGCCCAGCUGCAUCCAACAGCCUCAGACUGCCAUUGUCCAGCAGUCCUACCCUCCUGGCCCGAACGCCAUGUAUCGCUCACAGUCAUUCAGCACGCCGGAUAGCUCCAGACACGAGCCGGUGCCCCAAACACCAGCACGGAGUACCAGCAGCAGAGACGCUGUCCAGAGAGGCCUGAGUAGUUGGCAGCAGCAGGGCAGCUGGUCACUGUUGCACCCACAGGCCAACGGCCUGCCUGAGGGACCCAGCGGCAGCUCUCUGAGAACUCAGAGCCCACAGCACAGCAGCUCCGAACCCACGCUGCAAAGCCACAACAUCCCGCCGUUCCCAAGGAUGGCCUCCCAGCAGGAGAUUGAACAGUCCAUCGAGGCCCUCAACAUCCUGAUGCUGGACCUCGAUCCGUCCUUGUCUCAGGCCAAAAGGUUUCAGAGUGAGCCCACCCCUCAGGCCAACGUCCCAGACCGCCCCCAGGCAUCCAUCAUGUCUGCCAACCUGUCUACGCCAAGCCAACCAUUGGGACGCACCACUGAUCUAAUCCAUCCGAGCUCACUGGGACAAGAGCAGAGACACGUGGACAAUGGCCUACAGGGUGCCUAUCCACCUCAGGAACACCAGUCUGUCCCUGGCAGUGCCUAUUACCCAAGCUAUGGCCAUCUCAGCCAGUCGGCACAGCCAGCUGACACCACAGCCACAAGUUACAGACGAGGCCUCAGCGCCAAGUCAUUCUCUCUGGAUCCACCAUUCACCCCCUACGGUGGGGCCACGCUACCAUCCUACACUGUGGCACAGGCUCCCGUCAAAUCUGCCAGCUUUGAUGGCAUCACCAGGAUGCCCGAGGAAGAACAUUAUAACUUGGAGGGUCUGGUGGCUCAGCGGGUGGCAGGAAUUCGGUCCCAGGCCACGAGCCCCGAGGGGGUUGGAGCGGGUGUGAGAAGGCGGACAGCCAGCGAGGGACAGUAUGAGAAUGAUGGGCAGAGUGGCCCGCGGAGCCCCAGCCUGCUCUCCCCAGUCCGCUGUGUCUCCCCCGAGUUAGCGAGCUCAAUCGCCGCGAACCCAGGAGGGCGCCCCCGUGAGCCCAACAUGCACAGCUACCGAGAGGCGUUCGAGGAAAUGGAUGGAGGACCAACCAGUCCCACCACAGCGGUUGCCCGCUCUCCCCCAGGGCUGGCGAAGACCCCUCUCUCUGCCCUGGGUCUGAAACCACACAAUCCGGCCGACAUCAUGCUCCACUCAGCGGCACUCGGAACAGAGCCCAGGAGUUACGUGGAGUCCGUGGUGAGGACAGCGGCAGUGGGAGCGAGCCCUGUGCAGGUUCCUGCUCCCCCCUCGCAGAGCUACCCGGUGGAAACCCUGAGCAGGGGUGUACCCUGUGAGCCACUGUUCACCGGCCCCAGCCCCAUCUCAACCAGCAGCCCCUUACAUGGCACGGAGAGAUCCUUCAUCGUCAGCUCUUCACCAGGAGAUACCAAUGGGCAUGGAGUCACUCCGGCCCACCCAUCUCUGGAUUCCAGUUUGAGAUCGGCCACUUUCUCUCAGCCAUCCUACGCGGAAAGCAGCUAUUUUAACAACAGUCUGUCUGACCCAUCGGCCCCUGGAACUGGCAGUUCCUCAGGAAGCUUUGUGAUAGCGCCAGAAGCAUCCCUGAGCCUCGGAGCGCCUCCUCCGGAGAGAUCAGUGACCCAGUGCCCCCAGCCCCUCCAGAGGACAGUAGCCACCAAUACCCCACCCAGCCCGUCCCUGGGCAGGAGGAUGAUGAGCGCUGGGGCACCGGGAAGUCCUGGGAUGAGCAGGCACCAAGGGAGUCCGCACGGAGUAGGAGCCGGUCCUUCCAGCAGCCCCAUCCUGAGCCGAUAUCCGGGGAUUGUCAGCGCCAGUGCUCCGGUGACUCCCAGCAGUCCCAUCACUGAGCCGUACGGAUUCUCCACUCUGACCGGCCAGCUGGAGCAGCAGUACCCCGCUCUGUCCCGCCAGGCCAGCUCCACGGGGUACGUCUCACCCGCGACACCAACAUUCCCCGUUUCACCAGCCUACUAUAACUCCAGCACCCCGGUGCCCGCCUCCUCCAGCCCUGUUCAGGCGGUGCCCGGCAGCUCCUCACCAUCCACGGUCAGCAACCACCAGCCUGCCCUGCCGGAGAAGAGGAGAAUGUCGAGUGGAGACCGUGCCAACAGCUCAACAAACUACGCCACUGUCAACGGCAAGGCCACAGCAGGGACGCCCAGCACGGUCAGCAGUGCCAGCAGCCGCAGCGCACCAACUGUCGCCUUCUCACACACUCUCCCCGACUUCUCCAAGCUCUCACUGCACGAUGGCAGCCCUGAAGCGAGAGCCCAUGUCAAGUUUGUUCAGGAUACGUCCAAGUACUGGUACAAACCGGAUAUAUCCCGAGAGCAAGCGAUUGGCCUGCUCAGAGACCGGGAUCCUGGGGCCUUCAUUAUCCGGGACAGUCACUCUUUCCGUGGGGCCUAUGGCCUGGCUAUUAAAGUCUCCACACCUCCCGCAAGCAUCACCCAGCAAAGUAAGAAAGGCGAUGUCAACAAUGAGCUGGUGCGGCAUUUCCUGAUUGAGACAAGUGCUAAGGGGGUGAAGCUAAAGGGCUGUCCCAAUGAACCCUACUUCGGGAGUUUAUCUGCGCUGGUUUAUCAACAUUCGAUAACCCCAUUAGCGCUGCCAUGCAAGCUGGUAAUUCCAAGCCGAGAUCCAGUGGAUAAAAUCCCCGAACCAGCUGUUUCGUCAAACUCUGCAUCGGAGCUGCUCAAACAGGGUGCAGCGUGUAACGUGCUGUUUGUUAAUUCUGUGGACAUGGAGUCACUGACUGGACCCCAGGCCAUUGCCAAGGCCAUUUCGGAGACUCUGGGAGCCCCUGUACAGCCCAUCGCCACCAUCGUCCACUUCAAAGUGUCCUCACAGGGAAUCACCCUGACCGAUAACCAGAGGAAGCUUUUUUUCCGUCGUCACUAUCCAAUCAGCAGCGUUACAUUCUGUGACCUCGACCCUCAAGAAAGAAGAUGGACUAAGACUGACGGAGGAGCCUCCAAGCUGUUUGGGUUCGUUGCCCGGAAACAGGGGAGUGCCACGGAUAACGUCUGUCACCUCUUUGCUGAGAUGGACUCCAAUCAACCAGCAACGGCCAUUGUCAACUUUGUCUCAAAGGUCAUGAUUGGCUGCCAGAAGAGAUGAGCAUGACGCUCUUCACAGUCCCUUUCGAAAAGAGAGAUCAACACCAAGACAGAAGGAAUUGUACGGGCGAGCAGAAGAGAAGGACUUGGAAACGAGAGGGUGUCAGUGGAAGUGAAGAUGGCGAUGAGCUCUGGG